AUGACUGUCGCGCUUAAGAUUCAGGCUGUUGCUCGUCGAUCGGGCUCGAUCUGGGGUAGCAAUGCCUUGCGGCGCACAUCUCCCUUGAGGAGCUAUUCCAGUGCUGCUUCCGUUGAUGGCUCGUUGCCUCUGGCUGGUAUUCGUGUGCUUGAUAUGACCCGUGUUCUUGCUGGUCCUUAUUGCACUCAGAUAUUGGGUGACUUGGGCGCGGACGUUAUUAAAGUCGAGCAUCCUGUGCGCGGCGAUGAUACUCGAGCUUGGGGCCCGCCAUACGCGAAGUAUGAAGAUGCGUCCAAGAAAGGUCCUGGCGAGAGUGCCUACUACCUAGCUGUCAACCGAAACAAGAAGUCCCUAGGUCUCUCCUUUCAACACGAAUCAGGCGUUGAAAUCCUACACAAGCUCGCAAAGGAAUGCGACGUCCUAGUGGAAAAUUAUCUUCCCGGCGGUCUUAAGAAAUAUGGCAUGGACUAUGACACCUUACGAGAGAUCAACCCCAAGUUGAUCUAUGCUAGUAUCACGGGCUACGGCCAAACUGGCCCUUACAGCAACCGGGCUGGCUACGACGUUAUGGUCGAAGCUGAAAUGGGUCUGAUGCAUAUUACCGGAGCUCGGGAUGGUGCACCGGUGAAGGUUGGUGUAGCUGUCACCGAUCUGACCACUGGACUAUACACAUCGAAUGCCAUUAUGGCCGCGUUGAUUGCUCGGGGUCGGACGGGCAAAGGCCAACAUAUCGAUGCUUGUCUGAGCGAUUGCCAAGUUGCUACACUAGCUAACCUGGCUAGCUCUGCGCUUAUCAGUGGACAGAAGGACUCUGGACGAUGGGGCACAGCGCAUCCUUCUAUUGUACCAUAUCGCAGUUACAAAACCAGCGAUGGUGAUAUUCUCUUUGGUGGUGGCAAUGAUAGGCUCUUCGGCGUGCUCUGUGAUCGAUUGGGUUUCCCCGCGUGGAAGACAGAUGCCCGUUUCGUCACCAACAGUGACCGAGUGCAGCACCGGGCUGAGAUCGAUGGUAUGAUUGAGAGUACUACCGUCCAAAAGACUACACAGGAGUGGCUGGAUAUCUUCGAAGGCAGUGGGAUGCCCUAUGCCGCUGUCAAUGAUAUCCAAGGAACGUUGAACCACAAGCAUGUUCUGGCACGAGACAUGGUCACCGAAAUCGAGCACCCUGCAUGUGGACCCAUCAAGCUGGUCAAUACGCCUAUCAAGUACUCUGAGGCGACACCGGGUAUCCGCACCCCUCCUCCUACCUUGGGGCAGCAUACAGAUGAGAUCUUGGGUAGUGUUCUUGACUAUAGUGAGGUUGAUAUUGCUCGUCUCAAGGAUGAGGGUGUUAUCUCGUGA